AUGAUGCUAAGAAAGAGAAAAGAAAAAAAGAUCUUGCACGAAAGCAUAGUUGGAGUACAAGAUUUCAGCGCAAUUCCAGCAACAAAUUUUGGUUUUAUUUCAGCUUACAAUCAUGGUUUAGAUUCUGGUAAAGAAAUAUAUUCUACAUAUGACGUAUUCAGAGCUCAUUUUCAUAAAAUUAUUUUGAAUUAUAUUAUAUUUUAUUAUUUUGUUUUAUUUUGGUUACAUCAAUUUGUUGUAAAUUCUGUGGAGUUAUUGAGAAUUUUUAAUUUCGACUUUAAUUAUAGAGUUCAUGAUUACAAAAGGGAACCAGAACAACGUUUUUUUCAAAGUUUCAUUACACAAAUUGUUUACUACUGGGAAUUGGUUUGGUCCAUUCCAACUUUGUUGUGGAAAAUUUAUUACCCCAGAUCAGGUACUCCAUCUGGUUUAAAAAAUUGCAUGCUACACAUACCUCAGACUAACACUCCAAAGUCAAUAGGUUUGAUUUUACACUCAGAUUAUGUUAUGAUUGCUCCUCCUCCUGAAUUACCUAAACCAUUUUUAGAUUCAGAUAGGAAUAUUAAAAUUCCAGAUAAAAAAAAAGUUCAAUAUUCUUUAGCUAUAAGAAAUGAAUAUUUCACACAAGUUAGGUCUCAUGAUGAUGCUGAAAGAACUAGAUUAUUAAGAGAAAUUGGAAAAUUUAUCACAUGGUGUUGUUUGGUUCCUUCUAUUUUAAAUAUUACAAUUUAUGAAAAGACUGCAAAAUGUUGGCAAACUGGAGAAACUAGUUUUUUAGAUACUAUUAAAAAUGCAAUUUUAGUUGAAUUGGUAUCAAUUAAAAAUACUUUUGAUGCUCAAGAAUUGAAAAAAUUUAAAGAAACACUACCUAAAAUUGUUUUAGUUAAUACAAUCACUAAAAUGAAAUAUGUUGUUUAUGAAGAAGAUUAUGUUCCCAAUCAGCCUAAUAAUGAAGUUACUGUGGCAGACAUUAUAAGUGGCUAUGAAAAUCAAAGAACCUUGUUCGUUAAUUUGUGUGAUAUUAGACUCAGAGAUGUUAAAUUUAACAUUAUAUCAAAUAAAGCAGAUUUGAAACCUGAAGAUGAAAUUUUUGGAACAGAAUUUCCAUCUACUCCUGAUUUGCUUAUUGGUGCAAAUCAUGAUCGUGGUAUGAAAAAUCAAUUAGAAGGAUUUGCUUGUAUUGACGAAGAAUACAAACAUCAAAAUUCAUCAACUAUUGUUUAUUUUUCACAUAUAAAAUUUGGAUUCAAUUUUUUUUCAAGAAGCUUAUAUCAUUAUGCUUUAGAAUACCCUUUCAACUUACCAGCUGAUGAAACAACUCAAGUCACUGGCUAA